GCCCUCCCGGGGUUGCUGACGAGACGGGAAGCCCAGACCUGACCCUGCAAGGGGAGGGGGCGCGAAGGAGCGGGCCGGAAAUGACGCCACGGGGGCGGAAGGGAGGCCAAGCCGGUCUUCUGACUGCCCCAUAAAAGCCGCCAGCCGAGGGGGAGGCGGCGAAGAGUCCGCGGGGUGUGUGGUGCUUGCUAGGACUGUGUGCUCAGCUGACCGAAUGGAUCCCACUGUUUCUGCCAUCGCUUUGGCCCUGGGCGGCCCCUCGCUCUGGCUCUUAGCGCUGUUAGGGAUGCUGACUUUCGUGGCCUCUCACAAACUAGGAUUAACCUACCAGCUUUGGCAUCAGGUGGACACCCAGAGCCCUCGGCAUGGCGGGGAGAGUGUGGCGGAAGUGCUGAAAGCCCAUGGUGUGCGUCACGUCUUCACCCUGGUGGGAGGACACAUCUCGCCUAUUCUGGUGGCUUGUGAGAAGAUGGGCAUUCGUGUGGUGGACACAAGGCAUGAAGCGACAGCUGUGUUUGCAGCCGAUGCAGUGGCUCGACUCUCAGGGACAGUGGGAGUUGCUGCAGUGACGGCAGGACCAGGAGUGACAAAUACCGUGACAGCCAUGAAGAAUGCGCAGAUGGCAGAAUCCCCUGUGCUGUUGAUCGGAGGGGCAGCUGCCACGCUGCAGAAGGGGCGAGGUGCUCUCCAGGACAUUGACCAGUUGUCGCUCUUCAAGCCCCUCUGCAAAUUCUGUGCCACGGUGAAGACUGUGCGGGAGAUCAUCCCUGUGCUGCGGAAGGCCAUCGCAGUGGCCCAGAGUGAUACACCAGGUCCUGUGUUUGUGGAGUUCCCUUUGGAUGUGCUGUAUCCCUAUCAUCUGGUCAAGAGAGAGCAGUUGAGAGCUCAGGCUGCGAAGGGCCUGGUGGGAAACAUGGUCAACUUGUAUCUGGGCAACUACGUAGCGAACCUGUUUGCUGGGGCAUGGGAGCCGAGGGACAUUUCACCACUGCCAGUGCGGGUGCCGCAUGCCACCAAGAGUCAGGUCCAGCAGUGUGUGGAGCUCAUCAGCCGAGCCAAGAAACCGCUCAUCCUUCUCGGCAGCCAAGUGACAUCACCUCCGACGCCCAUAGAGGUACUCAGAGCUGCCUUAGAGGAAAUGAGGAUUCCGUGCUUCUUGGGAGGUAUGGCCCGUGGCAUGCUGGGAAAGAAUAGUCCCCUGCACAUCCGUCAGAAUCGUCGAGAGGCACUCAAGGAGGCAGAUGUGGUCAUCCUGGCAGGUACUGUCUGUGACUUCCGCCUGUCCUUCGGGCGUGUGCUGAGCAGGCGCAGCAAAGUCAUUGCUGUCAACAGAGACCGGGCGCAGCUGCUGAGGAACGCCCGCGUGUUCUGGAAACCCCACUUGGCCAUUAGAGCGGAUGCAGGUUCCUUCCUGGUGCAGCUGAACAAAGGGCUCAAGGGAUACUCCUGCCCCCAGGAGUGGGCACUGAGCUUGAAAGAGACGGAUCGGGUGAAGGAGAAAAUAAACAGUGAGAAGGCAGAGGAGGUGUUGGAGCUGCACCUCAACCCGCUGAAGCUGCUGUGUCAAGUGGAUCGCUUGCUUCCUGAAGAUAGCCUGCUGGUGGUGGAUGGGGGCGACUUCGUGGGGAGCGCUGCCUAUAUUGUGCAGCCCCCUCAACCGCUGUCUUGGCUGGAUCCAGGAGCUUUUGGGACCUUGGGAGUUGGUGGAGGCUUUGCCUUGGGAGCCAAGCUCUGCAGACCAGAGUCUGAGGUCUGGAUUUUGUAUGGAGAUGGCUCUCUUGGAUUCAGUGUAAUGGAAUUCGACACCUUUGUGCGACAUAAGACGCCCGUCAUCGCCCUGGUGGGGAAUGAUGCCUGCUGGAGCCAGAUCUCCCGAGAACAAGUCCCAAUGCUGGGCAGCAGUGUGGCCUGUAAUCUGGACUACCUGGAUUACCACGUGGUGGCUGAAGGUUUAGGCGGGAAGGGCUUCCUGCUCUCCCGCCAGAACGAGGAGCAAAUGGACGACGUCAUCAAGGCUGCACAGUCUGAGUGCAGGAACGGGCGGCCCGCCCUCAUCAACGCCCUUAUUGGGAAAACCAACUUCCGCGACGGAUCCAUUGCUGUCUAGAGGUUAAGCUGGGCCUGCAGAAUGUGAGACGGAGCUUCUGCCUCUGCCUGAGAGAUCAGACUCGGCCUGAUUGCUCCCAGGCCGCCAGAAAAGGUUUUGCCAGAAAAGGUUUCGCCUUUGAGUCAGCCCCUGGGGCUGCUGGGAAAGCUACCCUUUGCCUUGGCUCCACAGGGCCUUUGGUUCCUUCUGCAAGUAUCAGUCUGCCUUAACUUUUUAAUCCUUCAGCCCUGCUUGCAGCCUGGCCCCUGGAUAUUGUCCAAGGCGGUAAUUGAACUAACCAGUUUCUCGGGGAACUGAUGGGAUCUGCUUUGGUGGUAGUUACCUUCCACACCUCGGGACAGUGGCUCUCACUGAUAAAGGGAUGCUCCCUUAUUACGUGUCUGUCAGGCACAAUGCACUCACCUGCCCAACGGGCCCUGAGAGUUCAGAGACCUCUUGUUUGAGGGGACCACUACAGUCGACAAGGUUUGAUUAAAAGGUUCAGAAAUAAAUGUAAGCUGUCCAGUGUGCAGCUGUAAUUCAUUUUCA